AUGCCCGAUUCUUUUACUGGAGGCUACCGUCUGCACUCGUUAUUUCAAGAGAAUGUCUCCAUUUGUCACGGAGUCUGGCUGGGCCUACAGGAUGCGAUCACUUUGUUCAACUUCAAGACUCGCGCCAUCACCGACCAUUUCUCUCAACUGACUAUUCGACAUGAGCGACGCAAGACACGAGUCGGCCUCAGAGUUGCCGUGCUCUACCUGCUCGCCAUUUUCGUUCUGCAACAGUGCCAGAACAGCCAUGACACUGGCCUUCAACUGCGCUUCAGCAUCUUCGCCGCGUGGACCCUGAUGGGCUAUCUGCUGAUGAACCGAUGCACCAACCGACUGUACGCUCUGCUCACCGGUCUGUUGGCUUUUGCGCCCUUUGUGCUGCUGUUCGUCCAUGUGCCCAACGAUCGCGAUCAGGGACGCAACUUCUACGAUCUCGUCCUUCUUCAUUUGCUCGUCUUCACCAUCCUCUUCACGCCGACCCGGGCACGAUGGUGCCUCAUCUACGCGACCACACUGAUUGCUAUUCAUGAGAUUCACGUGUUUUCCGAGUAUGUAACAACUCCGACUGGCGCCACAGCAACUGGCGACUCGACGCAGAAAUGUAGAAGUCCGGGGGCAGAAGAGUCGACACUGACCUUCCGUAUCCGAGUCCUGAUGAUCACAUUCAUAAUCAUAUUUUACAACAAGAUUUGGCUUGAACUUCGACUAAGAGCCGCGUUUAUACGUCUUUUGCAGAGCUUAACCGCCCGAAGUCGCCUCAGAGAAGCUCUGCGCGAACAACAGCGUUGGAUCCGAGUUGUCAUGCCCAUUCAAGUGAGCAGCGACUAUCUUAGAGUUAAGGCGAUCAAGAACGGUCAGACGAUCUACUGCCGAAGCUGUGAUGGUGUCUCGAUCCUUUUUGCCGACAUUGUUGGCUUCACGGCCUUCAGUUCG